AUAAGAAGCAAUGCAAACACACAUUCAUGCAGUUGUGUGCCUUUAGUGUUGGACAGCGAAAGCCACUGAGGAGCCUGAGGAUACAACACGAAUCGAAUUUAACAGCAUGGCGUUCUUCAAGAGUGUGGUACUCAUGCUGGGGGUGUUCGCUACAGCAGGCGUCGUGAACUCUGCGCCGCAGACCGGUCCAGCCAACACGUACCUUCCCCCAGAUCAGGGUUACCAGUACAACAGGCCGAGCGUUCCGUUCCCGUCACCAGUACCAGUACCAGGACCCUCAGGACCUCCACCCUCUUUCCAUAGACCGUCUCCCGGCACAUUCAGGCCCUCACCAACACCAACUUAUGGUCCUCCACAAACUGGACCUCAGGGACCUCCACGACCGCCUCCAACAUUCGGUGGCGGCCAGAAUCUGGGCGACGAACAUCUUCAUGAUCAUCACGUACCUGGCAUGCCUUACGAUUUCAACUACGCCGUUAAGGACGAUUAUUAUGGAACAGAUUACUCGCAUAACGCCAUUAGCGACGGAGAUGUUGUGAAGGGCGAAUACCGAGUUCUACUGCCAGAUGGGCGUCUGCAGAUUGUGCGGUAUACCGCCGACUGGAAGACUGGAUUCCAUGCCGAUGUCUCGUAUGAGGGCCAGGCUUCCUAUCCCGAUACUAAUCGUCCAGCAUACAAUUACCCUGGACCCAGCAGUAGCAUCGGUGGGAGUGGUCCGUCAGCUACGUACGGCCCACCUGGGACAUCCAGCCCAGGCUAUUAGAUCCAACGCUUUCUGCAUCAUUCAUUCAGCAACAACAACGUCAUGGUUUUGUUCGCUACACCCACACUUCAUUAAAUUGCCUAAGACAUAAUUUAAACGUAGAUGUUUUGUUCUCAUUUCGACUGACUCGGAUUCUGACUGUCAGUGGAAAAACUGAGGUGAUUUAUACGACAUGGUCUGAUACUAGCCCCUAACAUGACUAAUGGUACCAAUAUGUAUUCAUCUUGGAAACAGAAUUCUGAGAUGAUUUACUUACUCCAAAACAUCCCCAAGUUGUUCUACAUUAUUUAAAUUAAAUAAUUUGAUUCGCUAUAUUUAUUUUGUGUGGUACAAAAAUCAAAAUAUUAAUAUGGAUCAUGUCUCUAAAAAGUACCAUUACUUACCAACAAUACGUCUCUCACAAACGAUGUUCAGUUGUCUUCGAUGAGUAUGUUAAAGGCGACAUUUUAAUUUUGUAUUUCUACCUCUUUGAAGUAUAGAUAAACUUUACAAAGGGCCGAUGGCUAAAGUUUCUUAAGGAUUUUAUCACCGCUAACUUGUUAACAGUUCCUCCACUUGAACGAAGGUCUUCAGUUUGUAAAAUUAAACCUGUUGCCAUCGUCUUCUUACUUAGAUAACGGAUAUAUUUAACGACCACGUUAUUCCAACGCUUAUAAAUUGACAUUUUGGUCUUCACGGAAGUUUUAGUGUGAUUCUGUUAGUACAACUUUAAGGCAGCAUGAUAUCGAUUUUAAUGUGUUAUUAAAUAUGUAUUCUUCCUACAUUCUACAAAUGCCAGAUUCUUACUAACGUAAUACAUAAGAAUAAAACCUAAUUACCAUAUAAACUUGAAACACAGAGAGGUAUGCGUAGUAUCAUGUAUGCACUAACACGAAUACUCCAAUCAGUAUUCAGAAAUUAUUUGAAAUAUAGGCUUAGAAAACUGACGUAUUCAUUUUAUAUUACAAUUAAUGGUAUCAUGCAACCUUGAUAAAUCUAAAGUCUUCCGGGAGACGUCAUACAUGUAUAAUUAAUAAGUAUAUAUUUUGUGUCAAAUAAAACAAAAAAAUUCCCUACGGAUUUAUCAUCAAAGUGGGAGUGAAACUGUAUCCGGCAGAUGUCAUGCACAUCGACUAGAAUGCCUUUCUAUAUCGUUGUACAGUAUGAGUGUGACUAUUUUUGUAUGUGUGUUUAGUAUUAUUAUACAAAUGUAAUUUCUGUUGUAAACUCAAAAUAUACCUUCGACACUUCAAGCAAAUAAAAAGUGUAAACUAAAAUUGUUUUACACAUAACCACCCGCUUAA